GGCCCGGAAGCACGGCUAAGGCGGAGCAGGCCGGCCCGGCAGGAAAGGGCGGCGGGAGCCGGCUAGCGGAGGCCAUGAGCGGGCGGCGGGGCUCGGAAAACCCGGCCGAGGGCUGCAGCGGCGAUGUCUUUCUUCCUGACCCCCACGUGCCGGCGGUAACCUUCCUCCAAGAACUGCCCAGUUACCAAUCGAUGCGGAGGAGAAGAUUAGUAACUGGAAAUGUGGAGGGCCAUCAGAGUUUAGCACGAUCGGCUCCCGGAGAGACCAGGAAUCUCAUCCAAGGGACAGAAUCGAGGAACGUCAACCUGGAGCUCCCGCUGAGAGAACGCCACCUGUCACUCGCGGAGAAGAGACGCUUAAGGGAGCUUGAAGAAAAACAAAUAAAAUCCCAGUCAAGGUGGAAUCAUUGGAAGAAGGCAACUAAAAAAUCACUCAAAAGAAUGAUAGAGAGUAUCAAAGACCUAAUCUCUUAUCUGGAAUUGUGGAGAUAUGACAUCCGUAGCAUCGAGGAGAAAUUUGGCACUGGGAUCAAGUCCUACUUCUCUUUCCUGCGGUUCCUGGUGGUGUUAAACGUCAUCAUCUUCCUUCUCCUGUUCGGCUUCAUCACCCUCCCGACGGCUCUUGCUAAAUACGGAGUUGUGAAUGGCAGCUACGUGAAAGUUCCCCCAGAAACAGGGCCAGAAUGCACCGUUUACACCAUCGGCAACACCAAGGGACUGGUCCACUUCUACAGUUACAUUAUAGACCUGCUAUCUGGCACGGGGUUUCUUGAAAUGACCGGCCUCUUUUAUGGCUAUUACUCGGUGGAUAACGUACCUUUGGGGCUGCUGGAGUACCACGUGCCGCUGGGGUAUUUGCUGAUCACGCUGGCUUACCUUUCGAUGAGCUUCGUCUGGAUUAUCAAACGCUCGGUGGAAGGUUUUAAGCGAAGUUUGAUAUACAACGAAGAUCCGUUUCAGAGCUACUGCAAUAAAAUUCUUGCUGGCUGGGAUUUCUGCAUCACAGAUGAAAACGCUGCGCGGCUGAAACAGAGUAGUUUACUUUAUGAACUUAAAACGGAUUUGCAGGAUGAACGGUUAAGACAGAGGGCAGCAGACAGAAGCCUCAAAGAGAAAACACGGAUUUAUUCUUUGAGGAUCUUCUUAAACUGUGUCGUUUUGGCUGUCUUGUCGGCUUGUUUUUAUUCCAUCUACAGAGUAACCGUCUAUUCACAAGAACACGCUUUCCCAGAAAACAACAUCAAAUUAGAUGACCUCUUUGUCCAGUACUUGCCUUCUAUGGUGAUCACUGUCGCGAACUUUUUUGCCCCGCUGAUUUUUUCAUUCCUCAUCAAAUACGAAGACUAUUCGCCCAUCUUUGAGAUACGGUUAACUCUGAUCAGGUGUGUCUUCGUGCGACUGGCCAACAUUGCUGUCCUUUUGUUUUCGCUAUGGACUCGAAUCACAUCCUGUGCUGACAAAUGCAAAACGUGUGGAUACAACUACCACCUUUAUCCAUGUUGGGAAUCCAGAGUUGGGCAGGAAAUGUAUAAACUGAUGAUUUUUGACUUCAUCAUCAUCUGUGCUGUUAUCGUCUUCGUUGACUUUCCUAGGAAGCUGUUUGUGACCCAUUGUCCCAUCAAGGCCUUCCAGUGGGUUGGGUUGCAGGAGUUUGCCAUCCCGGACAACGUGUUGGAAAUAGUUUAUGGACAGACGAUCUGCUGGAUCGGAACCUUCUACUGUCCCCUCCUCCCAGCAAUUGCAGCCGUAAAAUAUUUCAUUGUCUUUUAUGUUAAAAAGUUGAGCCUGAUGCACACCUGUAAACCUUCAGCCCGGCCCUUCAGAGCUUCCAGUUCCAACUUUUUCUUCUUGGUGGUACUUCUGAUCGGCCUCGUUUUGGCGUUCAUCCCUUUGGGGCUCAGCAUGACACGCAUCCCUUCCUCUAAAGCCUGUGGGCCUUUUGUGAAUUUCAAUCAUUCGUGGGAUGUCAUUGGACACACCAUCCAGAAAUUCCCUCUCACGAUGCAAAGAAUCCUGAACGGCAUGUCUUCCGAAACGUUUGCUGUGCCUUUCUUCAUGGUUACCUGCUUCGUUGUGUUUUGUUUCAUCGCCUUGGCUGGAGCGCAUAAAAGAGUGAUUAAUCAACUGAGGGAACAAUUAGCUAUGGAGAGUCGGGACAAACUCUUCCUCAUCCAGCAGUUGACUAAAGCCCAGAUGCUUCGCGGGGACUUUUUCAAUCCCCUUGAAGGGAACAUGAAGUCCAAGCAAGGAGGGGCUGGCUUCAGCAGAUAACUGGACUCUCCCGCCAUCGCAAACUGGGACGGACACGUUCAGCUUGCUGUAGACGGAGGAUUUUCUGCGGCGCUGGCUUCAUUCGUGUCCAGAGUGAUCGUACCGCACAAGAGCAACGACAAACUCUCCCUAAACCAAGAGGAGGCUGGAUUCAAUGGAGAUGGGGGUGGAUGAGGAUGAAUUGUAUUGCAACCCAAAGUAUGUAACUCACAUGGAUGUGCACAGCAUCAGGACUAGGGGUGGGAUUCAGACGGUUCAGACCGGUUGAGGGGGAAUCAGAUAUUAAUUUUAAUCUGGUAGUUGAAAGGGCUGUCUGAACCUGCCCACCCCAUGCCAUCCCACUCCGCCCCUCCCAGGAGUCUCCCCGUGACCCGUUCAUGCCAGGUAAUUGCAAGGUUCUGGGAGGGCGAAAAAGGGGCUUACAGAAAGUCCAGAAACGGGCCCAUUUCUAGCCCCCCGGAUCCUGAGGGAGGCCAUUUUCGCCGUUCCAGAGGCUCGAGAAAGACCUUCAGAGGCGGGGGCGUUUCUACCCUAACAGCCCCCAAUUGUGGUGCAGGAAGCUGGCUAGGCCACACCCCAGUGGCCACGCCCACCCAGCAACCGGGCAGAGAACUGGUUGCUGAAAUGUUUCAAUCCCACCCCUGAUCAGGACACAAGUGAGAUUAAUGUCCCUUAAACAGUAGAGGAGUUUUAAGAGUUCUCCACUUCGCAACCAUCGUUUCGCGAGUAUUCAAGGUUCCCGCGGACUCCCCCAAAAGUAGCUACAACUCAGUCCUGAAAUUCCCACAGCCCCCCCUCCGCAGGUCAUGUGGAAGCAAAUUCAGGCAUUCGGCCACCAGCCUACAUUUGCAGUGUCCCGAAGUCACAGGAUGGAUUUACCACGGUUUGUCCGAAAGCUCUGGAUUUACUUCCAGUUUUUGGCAAAAACACCCCAUAGCAAACAAACAGGUUUGCUUAACGACCGUGGUGAUUUCCUUAACAACUUUCCCCCCCAAAAGGUAAAAUCGGGUCCAGUCACAGGAUGGCCUUUUAUAACUUUGUGACCAUAAUGAGCAGGCUCCAUUACAGUCAUAAAUCAAGGACUACCUAUAAUCUCUUGGUACUCAGGUAGCAUCCCUUAUCUGCUCUCUGGAAGAACAUCCCCACCUGUAUCCCGAGAGCCAUCCCACUCUGAAGAUGCCCCCAAAGUCCUUGAAAACCCAGCGGCUCCCCCAAGCCUUUGGGAUAGUUUGGCCAUUGAGUCCCUCUAUCCCAGUGGUUCUCAACCUGUGGGUUGGGACCCCUUUGGGGGUCGAAUGACCCUUUCACAGGGGUCGCCUAAGAC